AUGGAGAAACAAAUGGUAGACCAACAACAUCGGCGGUCGCAUAUGUUUGUAUUACGGUCAUCGAUGCACUUUGUACUGAGGGCCUUUCUGGUGAUAUGGGCGCUCCUCUCCGCAACUACGACCACUCUGCUGCACUCCCAAAAUUCCUUCUCCAUUCUUCCCGCGGACGUCGCUUACUACAUGGCUGUGUCGGGAAAUAAUUCAAAUUCACAACAGGAGGAAAGGAAGGAUGAAUACAAGCUCCACGUGGAUAAGGCCUAUCAAAAAUACAAUUUUGAAGUCGAUACUCCGACAGCUCCGGUUUGCUAUCCGCUAAGGGCUAAAGAUGUCGACUUUACCCUUGUGACGCAAUUAUCUGAUGACCGUCUCGCUAUGAUGCGACCGCACUGCAAGCGCUGGGGAAAGCAUACUAUUUCUCUGGCAAUUGGAACCAACGAGAGCCGAGACACCGUCGAGCAGGCAUUGUCAAAAUCGGGUUGCGAUACAGCUUUGAUCACAUUAAGUAUUGUGCGCGACUUCGAUUCCGAUCAAAAGUACCCUGUAAAUAAAUUGCGGAACGUUGCCAUGUCCCAGGUCAGAACAAGCCACGCAGUCAUCAUCGACGCGGAUUUCGUUCUCUCGCCGAAUCUUUACGAGACCCUUCACUUACACAAUAAAACUCUGGCCGCUGACUCUACGAAUGCUUUGGUGAUUCCAUCGUUUGAGCUGCGGAAAGCUUGCCGACGACGAAACAGGCGCUGUAUCACCAUGUAUUCGGCCAUGGUUCCACGCAACAAGGACGGGCUUUUGGAGCUGUACGACCCGAUGACGGAAGACUCUGCUGGAUACGGUAUCGCCCAAUUCGACAUCAGGGGCAAUUACCACGGUCACGCGAGUACGCGUUACGCCGACUGGGCGAGCCAGCCGGCCGAGCAACUGUUGCCCAUUGAGUGUGUGACCUCCGACCGGUACGAGCCUUACCUGGUCGUCCGUCAUUGCCGAGACCUUCCGCCAUUUCAAGAAGCCUUUGUUGGGUAUGGCCAGAAUAAAUUGACUUGGAUGCAACAAGUCCGCCGGAGGGGCUACAAGCUGUUUCAAGUGGGUGAAGUAUUUGCGGUUCAUCUGCCCCACAGCAAGUCCCCGGCGUUUAAACAGUGGCAUAUGGUUGGCAAAGCAAACCGUAGCUUGCUGGCCGUGACGACAAUUGCGGACGCAUUCGGACUCUGGAUGAACGAAACCGUGCCAGAUUUCUCACAAGUUCCGUAUUGCUCAUAG